GCGGCUCGUGCUGCAACCAUCUGCCAAUUGCGAGCCUGCUGAGAGAGAGAGAGAGAGAGAGAGCACGAGCUGCUACUCUUACGGCGCGCCGCUCGUGCAUCGUCAGAUAUGUGAGCGGACGUGAAGCGGAGCUCUCGCGCUGUACGACCACGGCAGGAUGGCGGGAGGACGGCGGGGUCUCGUGGCCCCUCAGAACACGUUCCUGGAGAACAUCGUUCGCCGGUCCAACGAUACCAAUUUUGUGCUGGGGAACGCUCAGAUUGUGGACUGGCCGAUCGUCUACAGCAACGAUGGGUUCUGCAAACUAUCUGGUUACCAUCGAGCAGAGGUCAUGCAAAAGAGUAGCACCUGCAGCUUCAUGUAUGGAGAGCUCACGGAUAAGGAGAUGAGUGAGAAGGUUCGGCAGACCUUUGAAAACUACGAGAUGAACUCUUUUGAGAUUCUGAUGUACAAGAAAAACCGGAUGCCAGUUUGGUUUUUCGUAAAGAUUGCUCCAAUCAGAAAUGAGCAGGACAAAGUUGUCCUGUUCCUCUGCACCUUCAGCGACAUCACCGCCUUCAAGCAACCAAUCGAGGAUGACUCUUCAAAAGGUUGGGGUAAAUUUGCCCGUCUGACUCGUGCGUUAACCAGCAGUCGAGGAGUUCUUCAGCAGCUUGCUCCGGCUGUCCAUAAAGGAGAGAACGUCCACAAACAUUCACGGCUGGCAGAGGUUCUUCAGCUGGGUUCGGACAUCUUGCCUCAGUACAAACAGGAAACGCCGAAGACACCACCACACAUCAUUUUACAUUACUGCCUCUUCAAGACCACGUGGGACUGGGUCAUUCUCAUCCUCACCUUUUAUACCGCCAUCAUGGUGCCCUACAAUGUCUCCUUCAAAACCAAGCAGAACAACGUCACCUGGCUGGUAGUGGACAGCAUUGUGGACGUCAUCUUCCUCGUCGACAUCGUCCUUAAUUUCCAUACCACCUUCGUUGGUCCAGCCGGAGAGGUGAUUUCUGACCCAAAACUUAUUCGCAUGAACUAUGUGAAGACCUGGUUCGUCAUUGACCUGCUGUCCUGCCUGCCUUAUGAUGUCAUCAACGCCUUUGAGAAUGUUGAUGAGGGAAUCAGCAGCCUCUUCAGCUCUCUCAAAGUGGUCCGUCUGCUGCGUUUGGGUCGUGUUGCCAGAAAGCUGGACCACUACAUUGAAUACGGUGCUGCCGUACUGGUUUUACUGGUGUGUGUGUUUGGCUUGGCGGCCCACUGGCUAGCCUGCAUCUGGUACAGCAUUGGAGACUACGAGGUGAUUGACGAGGACACCAACCGAGUAAGGAUGGACAGCUGGUUGUACCUUCUUGGAGAGACGGUGGGGACGCCGUACAGAUUCAAUGCCUCAGGCUCGGGCCGCUGGGAGGGCGGACCCAGCAAAGACUCGGUCUACAUCACCUCGCUGUAUUUCACCAUGACCAGUCUGACCAGCAUCGGCUUCGGAAAUAUUGCACCAAACACAGACGGAGAGAAGAUCUUCGCUGUGGCCAUGAUGAUGAUCGGAUCGCUGCUGUAUGCAACCAUCUUCGGUAAUGUCACCACCAUCUUCCAGCAGAUGUACGCCAACACCAACCGCUACCACGAGAUGCUUAACAGCGUACGAGACUUCCUGAAACUCUACCAGGUCCCCAAAGGUCUGAGUGAGCGGGUGAUGGAUUACAUUGUGUCCACUUGGUCCAUGUCUAGAGGCAUCGACACUGACAAGGUGCUGCAGAUUUGUCCCAAGGACAUGCGAGCAGACAUCUGCGUGCACCUGAACAGGAAGGUGUUUAAAGAACACCCUGCGUUUCGACUGGCGAGUGACGGCUGCCUGCGGGCCCUCGCCAUGGAGUUCCAGACCAUCCACAGCGCACCGGGAGACCUCAUCUACCACGCUGGAGAGAGUGUAGACAGCCUGUGCUUCGUAGUUUCGGGAUCGCUGGAGGUUAUCCAGGAUGAUGAGGUGGUGGCCAUUUUAGGUAAAGGUGACGUGUUUGGCGACGUGUUUUGGAAGGAGAUGACUUUGGCUCAGUCCUGUGCUAACGUCCGAGCGUUGACCUACUGCGACCUUCACAUCAUCAAGCGAGAUGCGCUGCAGAAAGUGCUCGAGUUUUACUCCAACUUUGCCAACCACUUUGCCAGAAACUUGGUGCUCACUUACAACCUGAGGAAGAGGAUAAUCUUCCGGAAGAUCAGUGAUGUGAAACGUGAGGAAGAAGAGAUGCUGAAGAGGAAGAAUGAGGCUCCUCUGAACCUCCCUCCAGAUCAUCCAGUUCGACGACUUUUCCAGCGUUUCAGGCAGCAGAAGGAGGCCCGACUCACCGCUGAGCGGAUUGGUCAGGGAACCAGUGAUGUGGAGAAAGGUGCUGCUCACUCAGAGCCACCCAGAGGUCCGGAGAUCCUGGCUUCCACCAGUAUUGUAAUGGUGACUGAGAGUCCAGCCAUACCCACAUCUUCCACUGCAUCCUCUUCAUGUAGGACCUCCAGCCGAGUCAUGCUACACACUCCCAUCACUCAAAACGGCAACUUAACUGGCUGCAAAUCUGCAGAGCCACCGAAAGCUAAAGGCUGGGGACGAUUCAAGGAAUCGGUUGUGAAAGCUGAUUCAUGGAGCAGUGUCUCCAAGGCUGAGUCCAUGGAGACGCUGCCUGAUAGAACUAAGUCUCACGAUGAGAUGUCCCUCAAGAAAACUGACUCCUGUGACAGCGGCAUCACAAAGAGUGACCUCCGCUUGGACAAUGUUGGAGAUGCAAGAACCCCACAGGAGAGAAGUCCAGUCCAAUCUGACGAAAAGAAAGUCUUCUGCCCAAUACCAGAGCAGAGCAUGCAAGCCUCUUUCCUCGAACUGAAACAGGAAUUAAGAGGAGACAUCAGAUCUCUGAACAGUCGCAUGGAGGCACUGGAGACUCAGCUGGCAGAGAUGCUUCGACUUCUGAAAUCCAGGAAGUCGUCUGGCUCCUUUUUCGAGAUCUCUCGGCCGCCUUCCCCUGACUCUGACAAAGACAGCUUCUCUUAAGCUAAGCAUGGAGUCAGUUUAGACAGUCAGCCUUCAGAUGUCAGAGAAAAGCUUCUGACUGCAGUGUGAAACUGAUGGCGAUGGUCAAUGAUCAUAUCACACAGAUGAAAAAAGACACUUUGUUUUGUUCUUAGCAUCUCUCUGCUUGUAGAGAUGUUGCAGAUGGAAACUGGAAUAAGGCUAAAGUAAUUUUUUAUUUAAGAGUCAUGACAGUCAUGAUGGCACCUUCAGCCCUCAGGAGGGUUUGAAACCUACAGACAUUCGCAGAAUAUUGGCAAUAAUAGAUGGCUUUAAUGUUGUUAUAAACAGGACUUUGGCACUGUGAUAAAGGAAAUUGUGUACUUCGGAUUGAUUUGGUGGCUUUGACUUGCUGUUAUGAAGUCUGGUCCAAAAAGCCUGCUCAGAGCCUUCAGGUACUAGAGGGUCCACUCUGGUUGGCUUUGUGCACUUCCAAAUGAAAAGAAGGUUUACAUAUUUCAGUCUGCUGGCAUUGAACAGAUGCAUAUCUCAUUGACUCUAGUGGACAGACAAAGGCUUUACUGCAGCGUCAACAAUUGGAGGUCAAGAUAAAAGUUUGUUUGGUUGUUUGAGAACUAGCUUAUUCGAAACAUCAUAUCAAAGCAACACUGUGUGAUUGGCUGUGAAGAGCUUUAGUCAACAGACUGGCAUUCAGUUUAAGUAGGAGGCUGCUGAACAUCAUGGACCAGACUUUCAGCUGAGGGUCAGUGGUUUGGUUUGGUUUGGUGAGACAAGCUAACCGGCCAGACUAGCAGACUUAAACUCCUUUUUUCCAGAAUAAUUUGGAUGCAGAAUAAACACUGUGUGUGCAAACAUCACAGAGGAGUCUUGCUGCUAGAAUCAGUAGCGUUUUUAUAUCUGGAAUGAAUGUGAAAGGUAAAGUGAAAAUGAGAGCCUAAAUGUUUCUGACUUAGAUGUUUGAUUCCUGCGCAGAACUGGACAACUGAGUGGUUCAUUGUAAUUAUUGGAUUGGUUUUUAUAAAAUUGCAUGUUUCCAACGUAAGCAUAAGCGCUAUUUGGAGACUCUUAAACGCCUCCAAAUUCAAACUGUCAUCUGGUCACUUCACUUUAAAAGACAACAUGUAUUGGACGGUAAUUCUGACGUUCUCUGGUUGCCUGAAUGCCUCUGAAUUCAAGUGGAAUAUGUAUAUGUUGUAGCUUACAGUACUUAUACGCUUUAAUUCAGGUGUUUUGAAGAAAUGUUUAAUGACAUUUAAUGAUGUAUGUUAAAGGCAGGUGGCAUUUCCACCUCGUAUAAACCUGUGAUGUGUGUUUUACAGCUGUCACAGGACCUUACAUUCUCCCUUGGCAAUAAUAUGUGUUUUCAUCAUUUCCAUUCUGCCAUUUAAUGUAAUGUGAUUUCAUGAUUUCAGUGUGGAAAUUAGACAGACAGGAUUGGCAAACGUUUUAGAAAAUCUGGCCCAUCUUGGGGUAAAUUGCAAGAUGCAGAACACUUUAAAGCAGGGGUGUCAAGAUCCGUUCCUGUAGGGCCACUAUCCUGCAUGUUUUAGAUGUUUCCCUCUUCCAACACACCUGAUUCAAAUAAUCAGGCUCGUUAUCAGGCUUCUGCUGAGCUUGAUGAUGAGCUGAUCAUUUGAAUCAGGUGUGUUGGAAGAGGGAAACAUCUAAAACAUGCAGGAUAGUGGCCCUCCAGGAACUGAGUUUGACGCCCCUGCUUUAAAGGGACUGCUACAGUUAAGGUAAGAGUCUCGUCACAGAACGUCACAGUGAAAAGGUCACUGGGUUAACUUAUUUCAAGGAGGUAAUCAUAGUAAGUCAGGAAGCUCGCUGGCACUGCAACUAUUUUGGUUAAUCUAUGGGUUUGCAUUGUAGUGGUCUUCUGAGGCUCUCUUAAACCAAUGCUGCUGUACGGGCUCUCUUCCAUUGAUGAAUAAGAGGCUUGCAUUUUGACAGGCAGGUUGACAUGGCUGGAAGAUGCAGAGUAAUUUUUUCUUUAAUGCUUCCAGAUGACAACUACUGAUCUGAUCUAAUUAAACUAUGAGUUAACCCCGAUGCCCAAUGGAAAUUAGAUCUUUUACACAGUCAUUGUAAAAUUCUGAACUGGUUUUACCGCCUCAGUUUUGUGAAAAGUGGAAGCAACUACAUGUCAAAUUCUGCAAGAUUUUUCUUUCUUUUUGUUUGUUUUUCUUAUUUUCCUGAGUGAUCAGAUUUCUAUCUGAUCAGCAGAGAAGUCAGUUUGUUUGUUUAGUCCCUCAUGAUCACACUUGUUUGCUGUGAAAGAACUUAACAUUUUGGGAACUACAGGACACUGUAAAUGGUAAUGUUACUCAUGGUUCCUGACCUCAUUAAUUCCUUAUACAAGCUGACUCCAUCAGUCAGGAAUUGACUGUACAUUAUACAACAACAGUGAGUACUCCUGUGUGCAAUAUCACUUUAAUGUCAAAUGAUUCAAUGUUGCAUCACCUCCCAAUAACUACAUUUCCAAGUUGAGCAGCAGGAUACUUUUCCCAAUAAGUAAGAUUCAAAAACUUCAGAUGCACUAUAUUUAAAAUACAGCAGCCAUAGUGAGAAAUCAUUGCCAGAAAAUUCAUUAUGAGAUCCAAAUCUUUGAUUUAUUCCAAGACCUCACUCGUCCCUUUUCAUUUAUUUUUUUCAGUGACGCCCAAUACCACAUUUCUGGAGAGAUGCUCUGUCAUCGUUGUGUCACUCUACAACGUUAAAAUACCCUAAAGGUGUUUUAUUAGUUUCAAGUUGGGCAACAUAAUUACUGCUAAGUCAUAGUUUUUACUUAUUUCUUCUUUAGAAACUCUUGUGUGAUUUUGGCACUGUCCUUUGGAUCAUUUUCAUGCUGGAAUAUUCCUCUUCUGCCAAGCUUCUGCAGACUGAGUCUCAUUCUGUCAGUCAGUAUUUGGUAAAUGCACAGAUAUUCAUUUAACAUUCAUAAAUCUCCCAACAAAUGUUUCACUCAUGAAGCCCCAUAUCAUCACACUGUGGCCUACAUGCUUUGCUGUAGGGCCCAUCAUUCACUCUGGUAGUCCUGUCAGAUGCAUGCCAAACAUGCUGGACUCCAUCUGAGCCGAACAAAUGUAUCCUGACUAAAGAAUCUACUCCCAGUACAUAUUCAUAAGGCUUCUUGUCAUGUUGUUUUGCAAACUUAAUCUGGCCAUUUUGUGCCACAGUGUAAGCGAGACUUUUUUCCAGUAUUGCCAUCUAUAGAGGCUGACAUUGUGUGCUGUCCUUCACACUGUCUGAGUUGCCACAGAAAGGAUUCGCUUUGAAAGGACAAGCCCGUCUGUGACAGUAGUGCACUGUCCAUGGUGUAAUUUCAGAAACACCACCACUGCACUUCUGAUUAGUGGUGCUAUGGUAUCGUUCUAUACUUCCUGAUUACUACUGAAACUGUGUUUUACCCUUUCGUUAUUCAUUGAUCUCCCUUUAUCUGUGUCCAUCUUUAUGAAGUCUCACAAUCAGAUUUUUCAGUUAGAAUUUUUCUAUGUGGAGUCGUAGGUCCAUAACUGAGAAUGUCUUGUUCACAGCUCAUUUUAUCACCAUGGUGUUAUAGACUGAUUAGACAUUGGAGGUUUAAGUGAUCACAGGUUGUUUAAGUUGUGCCUCAGGAAACACAGGUGUAUUCACUUUCAUUGCAUUGAGUUUCUACUCAAGUGGUCAACUUAAAUGCAGAUGUUGAAAGGUGAUUCAAUUCAAUUUUAAGUCACUGACAUUUAAGUGAUACUGCACAGGGUUAUACUUAGUUCUGCUGCGUACUGUAGAUCAUAGGAAUGUCCACAACAGUGUUGCUUUGAGGGAUAAUUGUGUGAAAUAAGCGGCUGCUUUGAGUUCCUCAUCCAGUCCCUAAAACUAAAAAAUGACCCCAGUAGCAUUGUAAAUGUCAAAAAGGAGUGAAAUUUGUUGUGAUUCAAGUUGCAUUAAUUAAUAUUAGAGCAUUAAUUUGCAGAAAGCGUCCAAAAUAAGUGUCCUUUUUGUCUUGAAAGAAAGUCACCAGGAUGUUUUAGUCACUUUCUGUAUUUUAGGUACAUGUCAGUGCCUCCUGGGGAGAGAUGCAUUAUUUCUCCUCAGACUUUUUCUUCUUUUUUUAAAUUUAAUGAGCCUGUUAUGUUAAUGUUUGCUGGUGUGUCUCGCUGUUGGUUCUUGGGACAUUCAUUCCUCUGCAGAUGUUGCUGUUUGUGCCUCUGAGGGCUCACCGAUAAUGUCAAGGACUGCAAACAUGAUGAUACAAGACAACUUUACAUUUGUGGAAUACACAAAAGUAAAACACUGAAUCAAGUUGUUCAGCAAACAUUAAGUGCUUUGCAUGUUGUCAGCUCUGGACAGGUGUUGUCCACAAAUCAGUGACAGCAGCUGUUUUUUUGUUCACUCUACUGUCAAAUGUACCAAAACCAACACAUUAGUUGCAGUUCACUAGUAGAUUGUUUUAGAGCUGACUGUGAUGGAACAGGCAUAAUGUCCUGUCUAGUUGGAGGCCACAACAACCAAAAGACUCCCAGGUUUCCCUCCUAGGAGAUCUGUGAAGCUCUGCAGAUCAUGUCAAUAUCCAUCCUCCAGUCGUAUUGAUGAAAACUUUGACAGGCCAUCUGUCAUUUUUGGUGGAAAUUUCACAUUCAGUUGAACCAAUUAUGGAGGAGGAAGUCAGUUGUAUUGGUAGUUUUUCAUAAUUAAGUAAUUUUGUCAGAAGCUCUCCUAACUGUCUGCAAAUAAACCUUUCCAACUGGAGUUCAUCAGUAGAGAUGCAGCUUAGUUUGCAGUCAGUCAUUUUAAAGGACUUCUUCUUCUUUUCCUUUCGGCUUUUCCCUUCAGGGGUCGCCACAGCGAAUCAAUUGCCUCCAUCUAACCCUGUCUUCUGCAUCCUCUUCUCUCACACCAACUACCUUCAUGUCCUCUUUAACCACAGUCAAGGACCGAGCCUCCUUCAGAAAAGAACACAAUGAAGAUAAUCAAGCUGCAAUAAUAAACCUUCUCUGCUGUUUUUCACAUUUAGCUUUACAUUUUUGAUCUUCUGUGACUCUCCACUUUGUGGUUUCCAGCCUCACCUUCUCAUCACAUCAUCUGCUGGUCAAUCACAUACAACUCCCCAUUCUGUUAAGACCUUUCUACAUUGUCUCAGGUCUCUCACAGGUUUCUAAAGAAACAUGAAGCCUGCUCGUCACCACCUUAAUCAGCUAUUGUUAGCAAGGCCAAAAAUCCUGAUAUGGCCCAUAGCCUGUAUAUAAUGGUAGGUGUCCACAGGGGUGUUUUUUCUCGCAUCUGAAUAUCACGUGCACUCGUGGGCCACUUGGUGGUCACAUGGCAGCCCUUCAGACCUUUAGUCCGUACAAGAGUUGAACCAACAUAGUGGCUCGAUUGCAAACUUUCUCUUUUAUUACAAAAACUGUUCAGUAAAGGGUAUUUCUGGAAGCAUCUGAAGUGUGAAAUAAGCUGCUAAAAUGAGGACAGAUUCUGUCCUCAUUUUAGUUCAACGAUGGCUGGUUUAGACGUUUUCUAAAGUUUCAUGCGGGGCCGGACUUCCACUCCCCACACUGAAUUUGUAUAAAGUAGAAGUCAAUUCUACUUUGUUCAAAUGAACUCUGGGGCUAACCUUGCCAGCAAGUUGAUUUCUCGCGAUAUUUGUGAGUUCACAAAUCUCUCAAGAAAGCAUCUUGCACCGCUCCCGCAUUCACUGUUCGUACAGAGCCAAGUUGGCACGGGCCAAUCACGCAGCAGUAUUCAUGUGUGGGGCGGGAUAUCCGGGUGUGAAGACGACACCAAGCGCCAGUAGAUCAAAACAAACAUGGCAACGGAGGGCAACGAUCGUGUAGAUGCUGCUAUUAAGUCAGUUUUAGCUGAAUCUCCUAUCGCUUCUUUGAAGGAAGAACAACGAGAGGCGCUUUGCGCAUUUCUGGAUGGUAAAGAUGUUUGUGCUUUUUUUACCUACGGGUUUUGGUAAGAGUUUAAUCUACCAAUUGGCUCCGCUCGUUGUGAAGCUCCCGCGAUUGGCUAAAAACAAACCUGUCAGAGGCGGGACAUACUGUUGCAUUGUCCAAUCCGUGGCUCUUUCCUCCGACCGGAUUUACAUGGAGCGGUCCCAGAUUGAUAUUGUGGAGUACUAUCAAGACACAAUUAUUAAUCUGGCUAUUGCCAGGUUACUCUGGGGCAACCAGCAUGCAAUGCGGUGCAUUUCACAUAGACAAUGAAUGGGAUGCCAGAUUUGACGAUCCUGUGGACACGUACCUGAUAGAGAUGGACAUGGACAUAGACUGCUCUUCUCGUCAAUCCUUGAGUUUAACAUUUGGCUGUGGCCAUCUUGGUUUUAACUCAAGAACAGCGUGAACGUUGAUAGAAAUCAAUCACAAAUAAGCUCCUCCCUGAAUUCUGUCCUGUUUAAUGACCUGUUUUUUCUGUAAAUGGGAUAAUUAAUUUACAAAAUGAAGAUCAUUUGUAUUCCCAUUUUUUAAACUAGUGAACUAGACAAUAAACUCAUUAGGAAACUGUACAUUGAGUUAAAUCAGGGGAGAACUAGGGUGAUUGCCUGAUUGACUUCUAUACAAUCUGUCUUCUUUUUGCAACCUUCUGUGGUGUUGCCUUCUCCUGCUGGCUGUAAACCAUCUAAGUUUACGAUGCUUUUCUCAUAGGCUUCACUUUUCAGACAUUAUGUCCAUCUUUUAUGUACAGUCUAUGACGUGGGAUGAACUGAGAUGAGAUGAGCAGUAACUGAGUGUGACAGGCCAAGACAACUGUUUAUCAAAGCAUCUUCUUGACGUUAUUUCUGAAAAUCUGUGCUCAGGUUGACAUCAGAUGUAACAAUCUACUCCGAGCUGAACUUUCUGUGUCAAACUAUUGAUUUUUUUUAUUUGUGGAGGUUUGAGAUUUUCUACUUCACUUUGGUACAAUCAGAAUUUUUUGAAGCUGCAUCUAGUGGACAUUAUAGGAACUGCAGCAGAACACAGUGAAGCAAAAAAAAAAAAAUCAUACAUCACGUGUCUACAUAGCUACAAAGCACUGUGUAAAGUAAUUAUCUUCCUGUGUCCCUACUAGUUUGCAUGGACACCACAUGCAUGCAAGUGUUCAGCUGAAGUUUAUCCGGCUCCUUAAUAUCGAAAUUCAACGCUGAUUUGUGAAGGUGUUUCCUCCCUGAAGUAUCUGAACAUCAUUUUAAUGCAAAUUUCAAACAAACCAGUUUAAGAAUAAAGAAUAUAUUUCAUUUUAAUAUAAAAGUUAUAUUAUGCAGCCUAAGUUCAAUAUCAUCUAAUGAUACCAAACUAAAAGCAACCUUAUCUCGAUUUUGAAAUGAAAAAUUAUGAAUCAAAACAAAUUUGAUGCUUUGUUCCAUUUAAUCACAGGAAAUGUAACCUGUCAUUUGAAAAUGUACUCACCUGAAAUGUCUAAAUGAUAACCUGAGAUGUGCGUUUGUCUUGAAUGUGGUAUCUCGUGUAUCCUGUGUAGGUGUGACAAUAUAUCGUCAUAAUAUGCAAUUAUUGCCAUGUAUGCUGUUUUUAUGGAGAGACUGGUGGUUGUUUGUGGUACUUUGUGUAACUCACGCUGUCCCAUGAGCAUGCUGGUAUCGACACUGAUGCACUUUGGUCGUCUGUCGUCCCUGCAUGACGCUGGUGUCUGAAACUUGUUUUUCUACAGGAAAGACUGAAACCUGAGCUGACUUUACCUUGCUUCUGAAAUAUCUCGGAGGACUCUGAGGUUUCCUUCUCUCUAAACUUUACUACCUACUGCUGUUGGUCACGUGUAUGUUACGACCGCCGUCUGUGCAUGAAGAGCACCUCAAUGUUAAAAUGGUACAACGUCUUUACUAAUGUCACGUAUGCACUGUUUUGGAAAUUCACAACUUGGAGCAAAGGCUUGGAAGACAACUUGUAGUAACCACAGAUUUCUGUUCUUCACUUAUUGUCAGGAAUUCAGACUGUGUCAGCACAAAGAAUAUUUAUUUAAAAAAUCACAUCAAACGUCAACAAUAAAUGAUUUUAUACUUUG